AUGGAAUUGAAUUGUUCAAACUAUGUUCUACCGAAGGGCAUACAUGGUCCGCUGAAAUAUAUGCUGGACAAAGUACUAGUGGAAUCAGGCAAGUCGGCAUAGAAAGACGUUUGCACUGAGCGUACUUACAAACAAAUUGUUAGAUGAAUGGUAUACUUUAUUUGUUAAUAAUUUUUAUACCAGUUAUGAGCUAACACUUAAAUUUUUGAAUUUCAAAACACAUGUCGUUGGAACAUGUGUACGUCACAACAAGAAAUUUAUGCCAAAAUACGUUAUCUCUUACCCAUUAAAAAGAGGUGAGAUGAUAUCACGGAAAAAUAAUGGCAUUGUGGUACUAAAAUGGAGAGAUGUCCAUGAUGUCAGAAUAUUGUCAACAAAACAUGCAACCAUUAUGGUAUCAAAUUCGAAUUCCUUCACUCAUCGCGGUCGUGAAAAUGAAACGUUUAGUACUUACAAUAAUGGAAACUCUGGCAUAGACAGAAGCGACCAAAUGGUAUCAUAUGUAACAACAAUACGGAAAAGCAUCAAAUGGCAUCGGAAAUUGGCAAUACAUUUACUUGUAGGGACCUCCUAUAAAGGAUGUGCGUUCUCUGUUACCAAAGGAAGAGAUAAAUUCUUGAACGUCAGGAAGCGAAAAAAAUUUUUAAAAUUUUUUAAAAAGACUGCAACAUAUUGUUCUAAUUGUCUCAAAUUACCUCAAAUGUAUGUUUUAAUAAAUAUCAUACUAAGCAAUAAUGUUAUUAUAUAAUGUUAUUUAUUACUUAUUAUUUUAAAUAUUUUAUAUAUAGUAUAUGUAUAUUUUAA